AUGGUUCCUGUCGUCGCAACGGCCGCCGAUGUGCCACGCUCGCGGAGUUCUCGUCGAGAGGAUGCAAUGACAACAGGUGCCUCGACAAAUCCCUUUGGGAACGUGCCUGUUGUGAUGGACGAGUUCAAAACUACUGAUCACUCAGCUCUACACUCUUCCAUUGAAGGACUAUGUCAUGACCCAAACGUUAUGAUUGUCACCUGGGAUGGACCAGACGACCCACAAGAUCCAUUCAAUUGGUCUUUACGGAAGAAAUGGUGGGCGGUCGGGCUUGGCCUUCUCGCAAGCUUCGUCUGUUCUAUGAACGGUACUAUCCUCUCGGUUGCUCACAAGUCAAUCUCUGAAGAAUUCGGGAUUUCUGAUGAGCCUUUUCCUAAUCACUAUUGGAUCACCACGUCCUGGGGAGUAGGAGCCGCGAUUUUCCCUCUUAUCCUGUUUCCUCUUAUGGAGGAUUGGGGAGUUCGACCCGUGGUUCUCAGUACCUAUUUCUGUUUCACAUGCCUUCUCAUUCCAGUUAGUCUGGCCCAAAACUUCGAAACACUCGUUGCGGUUCGGUUCUUUACUGGCGGCUGCGUUCCACUCAUGAGCGAUGCCGUCGCCAGCAUUACAUCGAAUGUGUUCCACGGAGAUCGAGCCAGGAGUGUACCAGUAUGUCUUUACGUUAUAAUAUAUCUUGGCGCAACAAGUCUAGGUCCAGUGAUCGGUGCCUCAAUACUUCAAUUCCUGGAUUGGCGCUGGAUUAGUCACAUCGAAUUAAUUUUCACUGCCGCCACUUUCCCCGCUCUUUUCCUUGGUCUCCAUGAAACUCGUGGUUUGGCCAUUCUGCGAGCCAAGGCCAAACGAAUGCGCAAGGAGGGAAAGAAGGCAUAUACAGCGGAGGAGUCUGAUCGUACACCUUUGCACCAGGUCCUCCUAAAGAGCUUGCAACGACCAAUCUACAUGUUCUUCACAGAGUCGGUGGUCUUUGUCGCUACCAUUUGGGCUGCCUUCAGCCUUGGGACGAUCUAUCUAUUCACCGAGUCUGUCGGACAGGUAUAUGGACAGCUCUACGGUUGGAAUUCUGUCCAGGCGGGAUACGUCCAAAGUGCUAUUGUCAUCGGUGAGAUCCUCGGAACCUGCCUUUCCCUCUCCACCAACCACUGGUACUAUGCUUCUGCUGCUCGAAAUACCGAAGUCCCGGGUACACCUAUCCCUGAGGCUCGGCUCUAUUCAGCCAUCAUUGGAGGGUUUUUUGGCGUUACGGGCGGAAUGUUUGUGUACGGUUGGGCAGCAUACCCUAACAUACAUUGGACGAUCAUCACCGUCGGCUUGAUUAUGGUGGGGUUUGGAACUACUGCUGUCGUGAUUAGCAUUGCAAACUAUCUCAUCGAUGCAUACAGCAAGUAUGCGGCGAGCGCUCUUGCGGCUGUUGGCUUAGUUGAGAAUGUAUCCAUUGCUUUUCUUCCCAUUGCCACAUCAGCCAUGUACAGCAACCUCGGGUUUCACUGGGCUAGCACACUUCUCGGACUCAUGUCUUUAACGCUCGUUACUACUCCCUUCUUGGUCAUCAAAUGGGGCAAAGAGAUCAGAGCUCGCAGUCCAUUUAUGAAAGAGGCCAUCAUAGUCCGGCAAAGAGAUUUAGGCGCUGUAGCCAGCGUGUGA